AUGAGUACUGUUAAUAAUAAAAAUUCUAGUGAAAAAAUAAAAAAAAAAAAUUUAACAAAUAAAAUUAAAGAUGUUUCUGAACCUGAAAUUAUUAUUGAAGAAGGUAAGAAAGAUAAUACCACUGAAAAUAGAGGUGAGUGGAACAGUACAUUACAAUUUAUUUUAACAUGUGUUGGUUUUGCUGUUGGUCUUGGUAAUAUUUGGAGGUUUCCUUCUGUUGCUUAUGAAAAUGGUGGUGCUGCAUUUUUGAUACCAUAUUUAAUAUGUUCAAUAACAUUAGGUUUACCUGUUCUUAUAUUAGAAAUGGCUUUAGGUCAAUCAUUAAAUUCUGGUCCAGCAACAGCUUAUGGAAAAAUUGUUCCAAUGAUGAAAGGAUUAGGAUGGGGAAUGAUAUGUUGUUCUACAUUUUUAUCAACUUUUUAUGCUGUUGUUAUAUCAUGGAUUUUUUAUUAUAUUGUUAAAUUAAUUACAGGAGGAUUUAGUGAUAUUGUAACAUGUGACAAUUCAUGGAAUACAAUUUUUUGUUUUUCAAUAGUUGAAGAAUUAAAAUGUAAAAAUGAAUCUUUUCCUGAUAUUAAUUAUAUAUUUUUUAAUGAUACAUGUCUUGAAAUUCCAAAAAAUAUGACACCCUCAAUAUUUAGAGAAAUUACAUAUGAAGAUAAUAAUUUAGAUCCAUCAAGAAUUUUAUCAGCUGCUGAGGAAUAUUUUUAUAGAUCAAUGUUACAACAAGAAAGUGAUUUUAUAAAUAAUAUAUUAAAACCAAAUUGGAAAUUAUUUUUAUGUUAUACAGCUGUUUAUAUAAUAGUUGUUUUAAUUGUAUGGAAAGUAUUUUUUAUUUAUGGUUUAACAUUAGAUGGUUCAUCAAUUGGUAUACGAUAUUAUUUAUUAGAACCUGAUUUUUCAAAACUUUUAAGUGCAAAAACAUGGAAAGCUGCAGCAACACAAUUGUGUUUUAGUUUAUCUGUAGGUAUUGGUGGUAUUUUAUCAUUAUCAUCAUAUAAUGAUAAACAUCAUAAUUUUUAUAAAGAUGCAUUAAUAAUUGUUUUUGCUGAUGGUUUUAUGAGUGUUUUUGGUGGUGUAACAGUAUUUUCUAUUCUUGGUUUUAUGGCAAAACAAUUAGGACAAGAAAUUAAUGAAGUUGUUAAAUCAGGAACAUCAUUAGCAUUUAUUGCUUAUCCUGAAGCAGCAUCUUUAACAACAUUUUCAACAAUUUUUUCAUUAUUAUUUUUUAUAAUGUUAUUUUUACUUGGAGUUAGUACACAAGUUUGUAUUAUGAGCAGUUUAUCAACUGGUUUAUAUGAUCAAUUUGAAUCUCUUAGAAAACAUAAAGAAAAAUUAUCAUUUUUAGCAGCUAUUGUUACAUAUAUUGCAGGAUUUUUAAUGACUUUUAAAUCAGGAAAAUUUUUAUUUGAAAUUUUUAAUCAAUUUUCUGCUUCAUUUAAUUUAUUAGGUUUAAUUGGAUUAGAAUGUAUAACUAUUACUUACAUUUAUGGAAUAAAAAAUUUUCAAAGAGAUAUUAGAGAAAUGUUAGGUAAACCAACUAAUUGGUUUAUGAAAAUUUUUGGACCAUCAGGACAUUAUUUUGCAUUUUGUUUAAUGAUAAUUGUACCAAUAUUAACUCUAAUAUUAAGUAUAUAUGAAAUUGUUGCAACAAUAACAAAUGAACUUGUAUAUGGUAGUGGUGAUUAUAUAAUUGUAAUUCCACCAGGAUUAACUAUAUUAGGAUGGGUUAUUGGUAUAAUUCCAUUACUUUUUGUCUUUGGUGCAGCUUUAACAGAUAUUAUCAAAAGAAAAAUAUCAGGAAAAGGUGUAAUUGGAACAUUAAAACCAAAUUCGAAGCACAGUUCAAUUCAUCUAUAUGAACCACCAUUUUUGGUUCGGAAACUUGAAGAAUUCAUCGAAAAAUGA